AUGAACAAUUCGUAUCACUAUCACCAUUCUGCUAAUAAUAGUAAUAAUAAUGAUACCAACAAUCAAACAAAUAUUGCAAACACAACUUUUAAUCUACCAGAAGGGUUUGCCGUUAUACCUGGCAUAACAGAAGCGCAGGAAUUACAUAUCCCAGAAUCUGAAGUUGUAAGUGAUGUAGAAUCUAUAAUUGACCCAAAUACUGCCAAUGAUGUAAAAAACAAGAAGAAAAAUCAUUCUAAAAGUUCCAGCCGUUCAAAUACAAUCACUCACAAAAAUAACAAUUCUUCUAUUGCAACUGCCACAAAUAAUAAGGAAAAAUCUUCAUUUAGAAAAAAUUUUACCAAAAGCAUUAAUACUAUAAAUUCGCAUAGAAAAUUAUCAAACAAUAAUCACAUUAAUAAUUAUAGCUAUAACAACAACAACAACAACAACAACAACAACAACAACAACAAUCGUAACAGUAUUACCAGCAUAGGUUCCUUUGUCCUGAACAAAACCAAUAAUACUAAAGAAUCAAACUCAAAGCAUCAAUACUACAACCAACAUACUAAUGCGGAAGAUGAAGACAAUAAUGCCGAUUAUGUUGAAGAUGAGGAGGCUCAAUUCAAAAACCUAACUUUUCAAGGUGUUCCGAACACAGCCAAAACUUAUAAUAAUGAAGGCUUUAAAAACAAUGACACAAACACACCUCCUACUCAAUGGUUGAAGAAAAUGAACAAUACCCAGAGAGAUAGUUUCCAUGAUUUUAAUAAUAAAUUAGGAGUUGCCAUUAAAAAAAUUAACAAAAGAUUACCAAAAACCCAACCCACUUCCUCAAAACACGGCUUAAAUAAAGUCGCUACUAACUCCAAGAAUAAAUUUAACGAGGAUCAAUUUGUCAAAGAUUUAGCAUCAGAUUUGGUAGAUACCCUAUUAGCAGGCUGCCCAGCAUCUUUAUUCGCAGCUUCCCAGUUCUUAUAUGAUGAUAGGGGUGUCAAGAGGGCUCCAUUGUUGUUAGCUAUGUUGGGCGUGCACGUUAGUCCAUAUGAAGUACCGGAUAAUAAUACUGUUCACAGCACACGUAAUAAUAACACCAUAGCAACUGUAAACUCUACCCAUUCGGCUUCUUCUUCCUCUUCCUCUUCAUCCUUGGAAGGUGUUGUUGGCCAUAAGGAAGGCAAUGAACUAAAAUAUAAGAUUGAUUUGGAAUACGGUGUUGGUGAUAAUCGACUAAGAUGGACCAUUUAUAGGUCAUACAGAGAUUUAAUGAGUUUACAUAGCAAAUUAAGAAAUUAUACCAUUCAAUUGUAUGUUAACAAUAAAAUACAUGGUGAGCAUAAAAGUAAACUUUUACAAAUUCCCAAAUUUCCUCGUAUAAAAGGUUAUGAAUCUAUGAAAUUAAACACAAAAACCGCACCUCAAACAGCUAAUAAUGUUAUUAACAAACAAAAAGCUACCAACCGCCUUAUUGACGCAACUAUAGCCGAUAAUAACGGUCAAAAAAUCAGUAACACAGCUACAAACAAUAACCCAAAGCUUAAAAACCAAUACAAACCCACCAACACUACUAAUACUGUAAAAAAACAUAAGGGACUUAGUGGAGAUAACAGUGGGGCCCCAGGUUUAAAAAAUAUUUUUUCCAAGAAAAGUUCAACUAGGAACAACAAUAAUUUGGCAGAUAAUAAUGGUAAAUUGGUGGUACCUCAGGGGUCAUUGACAUCAUCAUCGUCUUCGAAGCCACAAGCAUCACCAUCACCAGCAACACAGGAUGCAAUCCAUAAUACAUUGCUUGAUGACGGAGAAAGUUUGUCUUCUACAAUAACUAGUGAUGCAAUUGUUUUCCAGCCAUCAAAAAAAAAUUUACAAUUGAAACAAUUCAGAAAUAUGUCAUUUGAUCUUGAUGAUCACAAUGAUCCAUCUUUAUCAUUGUCCUUUAGAUUGGAAAAGUAUUUAAAAAUUUUAAAUAUAGCUUUGUGUUUAAGACCCAUUGCCAACAAACUAUUCCAAUUUUACGAACUUUCGCCGAUAGGCACUUUAUUAAGUUACGAAAAUGGAUAUGCAGGCAAACAAGGGUAUUUAAUCAUUGCUUCAAGUGCGAAGGCUAACGGUUGGCGUGUUUCGCAUUUAAGAUUCAAAGACUGGAAACAAAUGGUAAAGAGACAUAUCCGAAAAUGGUUUUUGGUCCGACAUUCGUACGUUAUGUUUGUUAGUGAUAUCCACUCUUCCACUCCAUUGGACGUUUUUUUAGUUGACAGUGAUUUUAAAGUCACAUGCUCUGGUGAUAUUGACGAAAUUUCUAAAGAUGUUGAUCGGAAUCUUAAUUGGUUUGAAGGUAGUAGAUUACCCAAGAAUCUAAAAAUUACCUUGAAUAAUGGGGAAAGACAAAUGAAGUUACUAGCUAAAUCAGAAUUACAAAUGAAAGAAUGGGUUGCAUCUUUAUUGGAUAUGCAGAAAUCUACCAUCUGGUCACAACAUCAUAGGUUUGACAGUUUUGCUCCUGUUAGAAGCAACUGUUUUUGUAAAUUUCUGGUGGAUGGUAGGGAUUAUUUUUGGGCUUUAAGCGAAGCUUUAACAAUGGCACAAGAUGUGAUUUUUAUCCACGACUGGUGGCUUUCUCCGGAACUCUAUAUGCGCAGACCUGUUUCCGGUAAUCAAAAAUAUAGAAUUGAUAGGAUUUUAAAGGAGCGGGCAGAAAGGGGAGUUAAAGUUUUCAUUGUUGUGUAUAGAAACGUUGGCUCCACUGUUGGUACCGAUUCUUCAUGGACUAAGCACUCUUUACUAAAUCUACAUGAAAAUAUACACGUUAUCAGAUCGCCCAACCAAUGGCUACAAAAUACGUAUUUUUGGGCACAUCAUGAGAAAUUAACGGUGAUUGAUCAUAGUAUUGCAUUUAUGGGCGGUAUUGACUUGUGUUUUGGUAGAUAUGAUACCCCUGAACACGUUUUAAAGGAUGAUUCUAAAAACAUUUUAAACCAGAAUUUUCCGGGCAAGGAUUACUCUAAUGCACGUGUGUGUGAUUUUUAUGAUUUGGACAAACCCUUUGAGUCUAUGUAUGACAGGGAUUUGGUUCCGCGUAUGCCAUGGCAUGAUGUCCAUAUGAUGACUAUUGGCGAAGCCGCUAGAGAUAUGAGCAGACAUUUUGUUCAAAGAUGGAAUUAUUUAUUGAGACAGAAAAGACCCUCUAGGCCUACGCCAUUAUUAACACCGCCUAGCGAUUUUACAUUGGAGGAAAUGGAAAGUUCACCAUUAUUCAGAUUGCUAAAGGGAAGAUCUACUUGUGAAUGUCAGGUUAUUAGAAGUGCAGGUUAUUGGUCACUGGGAUUGAAGGAAACUGAUCAUUCUAUUCAGAAUGCAUACUUAAAACUAAUAGAAACAUCAAAACAUUAUAUGUACAUUGAAAAUCAGUUUUUUGUUACUAGCUCAUCCUGGGAUAGUGUUUUCAUUGAAAACAACAUUGGCAACGCUAUUGUAGAUAGAAUCAUCAAGGCAAACCAUGAUGGCACAAAGUGGAAAGCCUUUAUUUUAAUUCCAUUGAUGCCUGGGUUUAAUUCAGAAGUUGAUAAGCCAGAGGGCUCUUCUAUACGUUUAAUCAUGCAAUGUCAAUUCAUGUCGAUUAGCAGGGGUGAGACUUCAAUUUUUGGGAAACUAAGAAAGUUAGGAAUUGAUCCUUUAAAUUACAUUCAAUUUUAUUCUUUACGAAAAUGGUCUACAUUAGGCCCAACUAAUCAAUUAGUUACUGAACAAUUGUAUGUCCAUGCAAAAGUUUUAAUUGUUGACGAUAGGAGUUGCAUCAUUGGCAGUGCCAACGUCAAUGAGAGAAGCAUGGCUGGUAAUAGAGAUAGCGAAGUGGCUAUUGUAAUUAGAGAUAAUGAUUUGGUUAAGACUAAAAUGGAUGGUAAAGAUUACUUGGCUGGGAGAUUUGCAUGGGAAUUAAGACAAAGAUUAAUGAGGGAGCAUAUUGGGUGUAAUGUUGAUUUGGUUGAAAUGAUCGAAAGAAAGUUUGGGAAUUUACAACAAAUUGCUGAACUGAAUUAUAAAACAUUGAAUACAUUAAAUGAGACUGAUGAAAACGACAGUAAAAGCAACAAAAAAGAAAAUAAAAGCUCUCAACACAGGAAAUUUAUUGAAUCUGCAAUGAUUGAACUUGCAUAUAGGGAAAUUUUUAAUGAGAAAAGUAGUCCUUCCUGGGCUAAUAAAUAUGCAGAUGAUGAGUCAAUUGUUGAAACCAAGUAUGGUAUGGUGAUUGAGGAUGAGGAAGAUAAAGCUGAGGAGGAUGAGGAUGAUGAGGAUGAGGAUGAGGAAGCUGUUGGCAAUAAACAGAAUCAAAGAAAACAAAAAAGACAGGCGCAUAUGUUUUCGUUUCAAGAUCCACUUGAUUAUGAUGCUGAAAUAAGCAAAGCAGAAUCAGAGGAGAUAUUGCGGUCUGUACAGUUGCCUUCUGUCAAAGACACUUAUCAAUUUAGAAAUGCAUAUCACUCAUUUAACAACAGAGCCGGAGAGGCUAAUAUUGGUAUUAAAGAUGAAAAACCUAUUAGUACAGAUCCUCGGAUUUCCAAGAACAAACAACAUAUCAAAGAUGUGGAGGGGCUUGGUGCAGAUGAAUGGCGGAAAGAGUCCCAAAAAAGGGUAAAAUACUGUGAUAGUGUAACUAAGCAGUUUAUGUUUUGGGCAGAAAAUGUCUUUGAUAACGAUUUGUAUAACGAAAGUAAAAGACAACCAUUAAACUUGAAAAGUAUUUUACCUAAUCGUGAAGACGUUUUAGAAUAUUUAGAGAGUAUUGAAGUCAAAAAUGGAGCUAAAUGGGAUAUGUUGAAAAGAAUUUGCUACUUACAACAUUUAGCGUAUAAGCAAGAAAAGAAGAAAGAAUCCAUAAAGAAAAAUGACAAAUAUGGAAUGGCUGAUGAAAAAGACGAACAUAUGAGACACUCUGAGUUGUUGGAAGAACAGGAAAUGACCAAUUAUGAAAUCGAUCAAAUUUUAGCUUUUGUUGCUAUACCCAAAUCCAGACAGUACAAUUAUUUUAAGAAUGGUUAUAAAAAAUUAACUCCCAUAUCACCAACUUUAUUAGUAAAUUUUGUUGAUCCUUACAGUUUUGAGGACCCUAUCUGUGAUUCAUUUUACCAGGAUUUGUGGUUCUCUAUAGCAGUUAGAAACACUUAUAUUUAUAGAUUAGUGUUCCAUUGUCAGCCAGAUAAUUCUGUGCAAACUUGGAAAGAAUUUAAGGAUUUUAAAAGAUUGAAUCAAGAGUUUGACUUGUCUCAGAAGGAAUUGGUUGAAAUCGAACAAGCAAAGCAUGGAAUUAAAACAUCUAGUAAAAGGGAAAACAAUGGACAACAAGUGGAAAACAACGAUCUAGACGGUGCGCCGGAAAGCUUGAUAAGUGCUACUACUGAAGAUGAGGCAAGAGCAUUAUUAGAUGAAGAUAGGAAUGAUGUUGAACAGCAAACUCCAUAUGAUCUUGAUAAUAAUACCACUAAUAAUGAAAGAAUGGAAAUGAAAAAUAGUAUGUUUAAAAUGAGAUUAUCCGGGGGGUUAUUGGAUGGAUUUGACAGAAAAAUCUUUGAUAAAUAUACCGCAACAAGAUUAUUGCAACGUAUACAUGGUCAUUUAGUUGUGUUUCCUAACGAUUGGUUAUGUAGAGAAGUUGAAAGUAAUAAUUGGUUCUAUAAUGCUGAUAGAAUCCCACCAAUUGAUAUCUAUGAUUGA